AGAUCAAAUAGGUGCUCUGCUCUGCUCUGCUCUGCUCUGUUCAGACUCGAAAAUGGGUUCGUUUUCUGCAAUCGCCGCUGUCCUCGUCAUCGUCAACGUCUGUCAUGGUUUCGUCCCCACCAGCCUGCCUCUUGCUCAACAACCGAUGCUUGCACGAAUCUCAGCGUCCCAGAAACUGCAGAGGAAGGCGAGCCUUGCCAUGUCCCCGAACGUGAGAGCAGCUCCUGCGAUGAGUUUGUCUCGUUCUGAGUCCAGCAACAUCGUUUCGCCCGUACUUGGCUUCAUGAGCAAGUUCAAGUCUCUCUUUGUCAGCUCCUUCCUCCUGUUCGCGCUCAUGCUGGGCGCCCCCAUGGAUGCUGAGGCUCUCACCCAAAAGAAGUCGAAGAGUGGAGGCCGAGUGGGCGGAGGAAGUUUCCGCAAGAGCUCUCCCGAGCUCUCUCGCCGUGCUGAUGCCACUCCUGGUGCCGCUGGUGUUGCCGGUGCUGCUGCUCCUGGAACUGCAAUGGGGGCCACUGCUGCACACUCGACUCACACGACCGUGAUCGUGGCUCAGCCCUCCCCCUUCGGAGGCUUGUUCUCCCCUUUUGGUGGUUUCUCGCCAUUCGGAGGGUUCGGCUUCUCUCCCUUCGGCAUGCCGGUCUUCUCCCCCUUCUCGUUCUCUCCCUUCGGCUUCGGGCUCUUCACUAUCCGUCCCAUGAUCGCGCUUGGCACCUUUGCUGCGGUCAGCAUGGUCAUGUUCAUCAUGAUUUUCUUCAGCACCCGUCGGUAAUGUACGUCUUUUUAAGAAUAAAUCUUCAGAUGUAAGGAA